UCAUUUGGCUAAUACUCAAACUUAAAGAAGAUAUUCUCGAGUACAUGUUGUAAAACAUGUGGCAAUGGUUUUUUACGUAAAAAGGAUACUUUUUUCUUUAUAAUUUUCUUUCUUCCACUUCAAAAACUACUCUUUCUUCUUUCCUUCAAUCUCUUCCAUCUCUAAAUUCUUGCAUGCAAGCGACUGAAAUAAUCCCUCCACUUAAGCAUUUCUCUUCAAAGUUAAACGGCCCAACUCUUUUCCUUGGGUUUUGUUUCCAUUUAUGGCUCAAUUCACAGCGCAAGGUCGUUUAAAGUUGCUUUUCAAUAGUGAUGGAGCAUCCUUUGGUGUGGAAACAAGAGACCCUUUUAACUACAAGCUUGGAACUUUACGGUCUAUUCAAGCUCACAACAGAGGGCUCAGGUUUAUUAAGUCUACCACGAGAGUUUACUCUUCUGUCAAUGAGAAGAAAUCGAGACAAUUCAAUGCGGAGGCAAUUCUUAAUGUGAGUGAUGAAGGGAUUCAUGAUGAAAGUGAAGAGUAUGAUAGUGAUCUUGAGACUGAUGACUUGGCUUGUUUUAGAGGCCUAGUUUUGGAUAUCUCUUACAGGCCAGUCAAUGUCGUCUGUUGGAGGCGUGCUAUUUGUUUGGAGUUCAUGGAGAAGGCUGAUGUUCUGGAAUACUAUGAUCAGACUGUAAACUCCCCGAGUGGAUCCUUCUACAUACCAGCUGUGUUAAGGGUUCCACAUCUACUGCAGGUUGUUAAGAGAAGAAGAAUCAAAAGCAGCCUUAGUCGUAAAAACAUACUAUAUCGAGACAACUACACAUGCCAAUAUUGUUCUGCACGCGGGAACUUAACUAUUGAUCAUGUUCUGCCCAUAGCGCGAGGAGGAGAAUGGAAAUGGGAAAAUCUGGUUACUGCUUGUGCUAAAUGCAAUUCAAAAAAAGGUGUUAAAACUUUAGAGGAAGCAAAUAUGAAACUCCUUAAAGUCCCCAAGGUACCGAAGGACUAUGACAUACUUGCCAUACCCUUAACAAGUGCGGCAAUAAAAAUGCUCAAGAUAAGAAAGGGGACUCCACAAGAAUGGCGCCAAUAUUUACCAAACGAGUCAUGACAUCCAUCAUUUGGGGCCAUUAUUGCACAUUCCUAUACUUCGUACAUACUAUAUCAAAGUCUUCUUGAUGGGGCUCGAAAAUUCAUGCAUCUUAUAGUCCUUGUAAUGCCUUAACUUGUCCAAAUGCUUAAUUUGAAAUAAAAUGGUAGAUACUUACCUA